CGGACAUCCUCGUCAUUUUCUGAAAAAUACAGAUAAAACAUUUCGUGGUGGAAGCCGACUCGAAGCUAAAGAAGACUUUCGGGAGAGGCUCGACUUGUCGCCAGCUUAAGAACGCUUACGCCACCAUGCAGAAGGGGAAAGCUGUAACUUCAUUGCCUACCACAGCUCUUUCUAGGGGACUAUCACAGCAGUAUCCUUGUCAUUUUAUCCGCAGGGUGAACGUGAUGCUUGUGAAUACUUAUCGAGAGAAAUCCAUAUUGGAUUUUUGUUCCUCGUUGUGUAAGCCUUUGUUACGUCGUGUCAAAUUUUCCAAACCAAAUUUUUGUUGUUAUCCUUCAUUCCUUGAUCACAGAAAUACCCGUGAGCCGCCUUCGUCACAGCAAAGUAAGUCUUGAUUCUUUGGAAUUUCCAAGUGAAAUCUGUAGAUCGUCGAGAGGGAUGAACAGGACAGGGUGAAAUUGCUGACGUUUGCAAUUGUACGAAAGAACAAGGAUUUCCGUGAAUUUCAACGCAAUUGAUAUGUCUAUUAAUUUCUUUAGGACCUGACGAUUUCAAUCAAAGACAACAACAGACUUUCCCGGUAAAUAAUUUUUAUCUUCUGUAAUUCAUGUCAUAUUUUCGUCGACGAUCCCACCGAUGCUGAUGUUUGUUGUCUCGUAGAAUUUUGUGACUUUUUUUUGUAGCUAUUCUGUGUACAGGUGUUUUGUUCCGUUUCAUUAAAAAGUGCUUAGUCACCUAAGAUCUAAGCUUUUAUAGUGGUUGGUUUGCGAACUGCCCUGUUUGGUUAUUAUUUUAGGAAAAGUAUUUUGUAAUUUACUUCCGUGAAGAGGUAGGAUCAUCGGAAAUGUUUGUACAUAAUUUACGGAAGGUAAUGAAAAUUCCCAGUCAGGGAUUUAAAAGAGGGGAAUGUAUUUGCAAUCCUUUAGUUUUGUUCCUUCUUUUAUAUGCGUUGAAAUAUUUUAUUAUGGAAAUGGUUUGCUGUUCUGGCUUAGAAUAGACUGAAAUAUCGACGGGCUCACAGACAUCCUUAAUUUGGAGCAAACAUUUUCAUCAAUUUCAUCCGAUCCUGUGUGACAAACACAGUUUUUUAUUUCGUUUGGCGAUCUCCGGUUUUCAUUCACUUGUUAUUUGAUUAAACUAGGAUUUUGUCGAUCAGUAGCCUGGCUGGUUCGAGACGGGCGGGGCGAGAAACCGGUGGCAGAAUAGAUUAGGUAAAAGUAGAAUUUCUGUUCAGGAAGAGACUGGGUAGCAAACAAUUUAUGGUGACAACACAAACAUUUAGCAAAAGUUUAAGUCUUUCAGACCACGUUCAGAGUUGCAGAGGAUAGGAACUCAAAGAGUGACCCUAAAUAAUAUUUCUCUUCCAUAUAAACAUUGCUCAACAAAAUGCUACCAACUUCAAGAUUAUGUUGAGCAAUCAACAUCAGGUUACCUUUUGUUUGAGCUUGGUUAUUAAGCUAAAUGGUUCUAGGCUUUGUUCAGUCCUUUCCCAAUUUCUUCAUGAACAGCAGAACAUUUUAAAAUCGAACUAUUUUUAAUGGAAUGUACAUGAUGGGGAUUUCAAAAUGUGUUGAAGUUUCAGUUUCAGUUUCAGUUUCAGGCAAGUAUAAUUAUUACUUUGUGUAAGAUAUAUUGGCCAGUAAAUGUUUUUCCUUUUUUCUUUAAACUUAAUAUUUGCUUCAUAUGCAGAUAACAAUUUUUUGAGUCAUCUUUUUUUAAUUGGAAAAAAAAAACUCAUUGAUAGUGUGUAGAGUGGUAUGUUGCAAUCAGAUCUUCACAUUAGGGUUUGGAUCUCACACCCAUCUGAUUGCUGCAUUAGGAUAUAUAUCUCACACCAAUCAAAUUGGCGCAUUACAGUAUGUAUCUGGCACCAAUCAUAUCAUAGCAUUUGGAUAUUGUUUUCUUGCAAAUGAUGUCAUGAAAUUAGGAGGCUGUGCACAAAGAAUGACAUUAACUAGAAAUUUUGGGCUCAUUAUUUUGAUAAGUGUUAUUAUUGUGGCCUUUGUAAGAGCCUCGUCACGUGAGGUUGAGAUUUAUUGGGAUAAUUUUUAAGUUAACAUGUGUUUUUCCGCUCCUUUUCUCACAACACACACACCAAACAACUGACAUUCCAUCACGUACUGUGAAAACAACAUCUAAAGUCCAAUCAGAACAUACCAAAUCAUUGCUCUACAUGAACAUUGGACAAUUUUUCAUGUACUUGAAUUGUAUUCUACCAAUCAAAUCCCAUUUCUCCAUAUUGGACCUAGCUCUGUCACAUGCUAUUUCCUUGUAAACAACCUGCAUUUUAUCACGUGUUCUAACUGCAUUAUCCAACACCACAGAAAAAAAUUCACAUGAAACUUUGUGCUACUGAUAGUGAAUUUUCCACACAUUCUCCUGCGUUUUGAAUUUUUCUGCAGAUAAAAUUUGCUUUUAGCUACCUUGGACUUAACCCAAACGCAUGUUAAUUCCUUGUGAACAACAUACAUUUUUUCACAUAUGUCACACACACAGAGGGCAAAUCAAAGUCCAGAUAGGCAAAAACCAGUCAAGGAACCUUCUUCAAAAUAUUAUCCUUUUCUCUGGCUCAGUGUAUCUUCCCUUAUACUAGAUUGCAGUAUAUCUUUGGUCAGGGUAUAUUGAAGACACAACAGUUUCAGUUUGCUUUUCACAGUAAAAUAUGUUUUCAAGUUGACUAACUGUAGAUGAAUAAUUUUGAUUUUCUUUCUGUUAGAGAAAAGGCUGCAAGCGUAGUCUCUUUUGCAAUCAUUAUUUGGUCUUGUCACACAGUGGCUCUCUCUCCAACAGGGAAGAGAGGGCGUUGCAUAACAAGACCAAACAAUGGCCGCAGAGACAACAGUAGUGAUACGUUUUAUCUUUGCUCAGAGGUAUUUAGAUGAUAGAGACAAUAGACCACAAAAUUCCUGUGUAAUGUGAUAUUUUUGUUCUAUUGAAAGUUAUGAAAAUAUAAGGAACACAAACUGUCCCAUCUCGACUUACCCAGCUAAAAAAGUAACUCUUGCAUGCUAUGUAUGCUUAUGUUUUUCUUGGUUUGGAAAUGAGUGUGAAUACGUAAGUCUUAUGAUCAUGAGUAUCCUUUUUAGUUUGGAAAAAAUCCUAAGAUGACAAGAUUCUUACAGUACACAACACCUCAUUCUCAUUUUUAGAUUACCAACUUCCUUGACUCAAUAACUUAAAACAUAGAGUUUGGCUUUUUGCUUUCAUAGUUCAUGUAUGGCAGAUUGUACUGAUUUUGAAUAAAGAAAUGUCAUUCUCUAAAAGGUUUCUUUUCUAAAAUAGGGAAGGUAAUAAAUUUGCUAUUGACAGUGUAAAGUUUUACAAGAUAUAGCUUAAAUUCUGCUUGUAGAGUAUUGAUCUGUGCGUUACUGUCUUUUCAUGCACAGGCUGAUAAGGGGCAAAUUCCUGGUCCACCUCAGAUGCAGUACAGACAUCAGCAACCCAUGCCAGGGCCAUUUCCUCCUGUAUCAGGUCCUUCCCAGGGUCCUGGCCAUUUUGUUUUUACUCCUCAACAAACAGGUUAUCCAGUGGGACAGCCAAGUCAUAUGUAUAUUCUUAGGGCUACUCCACCUCCCAUGAAUACAUUACCGCAGUACAGUCCUAGUCAAAAUUUUGAGCCACGCGCACGGGAGAGGAAAAUAAUUCAAAUAAAAGAUCCAAAUAGUAACAAAGAUGUGACACAGGAAAUUCUUAAUCGUCAACCAUCAGGAAGUGUAUCAGGAAGUGCAUCAGGAAGUACUGGGGGUACACCAACAAACACCCCAUGUAUAUCAGGACAGUCCAGUCGUUCAAGUACACCUCCACUAACAUCACAGCAACAAGAUGUGCGAGCACAGUUUGCAGUGCAGGUAGCUGCAAUUUUAACUAGUGACACAGAUAAAAACUUUGAGCUAACCCUGGAGGGAUCUGUAGGAGAAGAAGUUAUGCUAAAAGCUCCUCAAUCAGAGGGUGCAGAAGUUGAGGAGAGGGUCAACGGGCAAGAGGCUGAGGCUAAAAUGGCAAGUGUUACAAAGAACUGUACUGAUGUUCAAGGAGCAGGUUUGUAUAUCUACUCUAUAUGCUCUUACCCCAUAAAAGUAGAUUGCCAUGGUUGCAGAGUUUAAAAGCCAAGUCUGAUUCCAUUGCUGGUUGUUGAAUUGAGAGAAGAUAUUUGUUUUUGAAAACAAAUUUUUAAAGGCAAAAUUUUUAAAAUCAGUUGUAGAUCAUACUAUAAUUUGGUCACUUGAUACAGAUAUGAAUACAACUGUGUGCAGUGUGUUCAUAAAUGGCUAUGUGGAAGGACCUAGACUGUAUGACAAUGAAUUAAAAUUGACUGAAUACAUUGUGUGAAAAUGAGAAAGGUUAAAUUUGGUCCUGUACUCAGUCAGUUUUAGCCCCAUUUAAUGAAGUUGAAGAAAUUUGGGCAAUCCAUUCAGAUUGCCCAGUCUAGUAAUUUUUUGUGAGGCACAACUUUUAUAUUGCUUUCUUUUGGCUGUGUGGAAAACUAUAGGGCUGGCUAUUUUUCUAUCAAUUUUAAUUUUUGCUUGAACUCUGAUAUGCCAAAAGUGUUUGUUUGUGGUAUCAAUACUUCUUAAUCUGUACUGAACUAAAGUUGUAGUCAUUUUUCCCGAUCAAUUUUCUUAGUUAAGGGAGACAAAUAUAGAUAUUUGUGAAUUCCAUUUCAUUGCAAAUAAAAAAAUUGCAUUGUUGGUUUGUUCUGACUUGUACGUAAUAAAUGUCACUUCCAUUUCAACAGAGGCAUCCUUUCCAGACCUUGAUGAAAAGCCUAAAAAACAAGAUGGGGAAAGGCUCACAUAUGAAAGGGAUUUCUUGUUGCAGUUUCAGACCCAUCCAAUGUGUAUGUUGAAGCCUGAAGGUCUGCCUGAUUUAGAAAUUGUUCUUCGCCAAGCAAGAACUCCCUCCAGAUCACGAUUUUCUCAGAACAGGUAAAACAGGCCAGGCAAUGCAUAUGUCUCUCCGCAAACAUCCUUAAUGUAAUGUUGACUCUGAUGGUUCUUUGAAAAGAUCUGCAUGGUAUACUGCCCCCAUAGCUCUGAAUUAUCUGGCUUUUACUGAAUGGUUUUCCUUUUGUGCUCAGUUAUUGUCCUAUUUUUAUGUGCAUUGUAACUUAAGGUUUUGGCAUUUUCCAUUACUCUGUGAUCUUCACUGGCUGCUCUGUGCAGAUGCCAACUGGUUAGAUAAAUAACCAUUGAACUGGCUCUACCCUGCUGUCACUGAUGCCAGCAGUUCCACAUGUAUUCAGGAAUUUUCUGUAGUAAAAGCACUACUGUUGAGGGAAUGGUUUUGUCUAUUCUAAAACUAAGAGCUAUUCAGCAUAUAUAUAUAUAACUGUUUAUAUUAGUAUAUAACAGUAUAUACACCACUGUUUGUGAUACUACUUGUGGCAUUUGUUCAUUUUAAGUUGUGUUUUUACUCUUUCUGUUGCAGGAUGCAACCCAAAGAUGGUGGUGAAAAUAUGUUUUUACCCUCAUACCUUAGGCAAAAUUCAAGAGUAUGUCACUCAGUUUAGUUUUGCUUUUUCUGUUGUAUUUGAACUAUACAAGAUGUUAGAGACAUAUAUAUUGAUUAUACUCUAGCUAUCACAAGAAAACAUGGUACGUACAUGGUAAAGUGAAUCAUUUGGUGUAACUGUGAUUUUUAUGAAGAGUAGCUCAUGGUAGCAGGUAGAUCUACCUGUAAUGCACUUGCUACCUGCUUGAAGCCUUCACAUAAUACAUCUUUGUAGUCCUAACAUACAUCUUCAAAUAGGUUUUCACCAAAGCACAACUACAUGACAUAAUUUAGCAUUGACCCUAAAAUGUAGGAAAAUCAAAACCUUAAAAAUUUCCCAAGGUGCUGAAAUCUCGCUAGGAAUAGAAGACUCUCCAUGCAGGCCUUCAAAACAUCUUGGGGCCCCCCCAUUCUAAAGUACCUAUUUGUACCCAUUGUUUUUUAAGCCAUCAUAAGAGAUGUCUACUGCGCACCCAUCUUUGAUCAAAUUGGAUAAAAAUUCUCAACAGCUAUCUCCUUAAAAAUUGUAGAAUAACUCCUCAAACUAAAGUGCAGGACAUAGAAAUGUAGAAAUAAAUUAACCCAAUAGCUUAAUUUUUUUAUUCACAUUUUGCUUUACCAUGAGGGUAUGAGUAACCUAUAGUACAAGAUUUUAAAUUGCUCUUACAGUAUCAAAAUUGUCACUGCAAAUUUAAGGGCUAAAAAAUUAAUUUUACGUCAUUGUUAAUGUUGAUUAAAUGACCUAAUAUGAUUGCAGCAACUGAAAAGAACAAAGAAAAGAUGAGUGUCACCAAGUGAAGCUGCAAAAUAUGACCUCAGUGAAGAACAGAUAAAGAC